AUGGCGGAUAACAACGCCCACCAUCCUGGCGUUCGUAGCCUGCUGGCCAAAUUUGAGACCAACCAAACCCCCUCCCCAUCCGAUCGUGGCAGAUCUCCUCUCUCGUGUGAUACCUCUGCCGUUAGACAACUCUCUAGGGUUCGUGCCAGUUUUGUCACCGUUGAAGGAGCUAUUCAGUCGGCAACCCCGGGAUCACCGUUGAGGAAGACAAGCGGAAGAAGUGAGCCGGAUAUUUUUGGGCCGAAGAUAAAUGAACAAGAGGUGUCACACAGACAUAGCGUUGUGUCCCCAACUCCUGCCGCCAAAGUAGAGACGCCUCAUAAUGGUAUUUCUGAUCGAGUGGUCCUUGAUCAGGUGGUGAAGGACUCUCGGCCAGAGCCAGCGCAAUGUGGGGCUAAGGAAGAACCGGCUUCUCCAGUGGAGAACGCAGCUUCCUCGAAGGAAACAACUGCUUCCCGCAAAACACCAAUCCCGAACACCUCUACAAAGCGCCCGCCUACCCUUCAUUCGCCCAAGAACAACGCUUCAAGCAAAUCUUCAACAAUGUCAGCUUCAGCUACCACCCACCCCACCACAGCUCGGGAGACAGCGAAGGAGCGAGCUAAUGCUUCCACUCAUACAACCAACCGUGCUUCCACACAUCCCACCAAGCCCACCACCACCCGGGCCACAAGAGCCUCGGUACCUUCUCAGAAACCUGCGCCCCAGAGUUUGACGAGUCCCAAAGCACCUACUAAGCAUGUGCGCUUACCUGCUUCCAUGACGGCGCCGACUCGAUCAUCCGUGGCAAAGACUGGAACUACCGCCCCUACAACGCGAGCCAGUGCGAACACAUCUACAAAGCAGUCCUCUGUCAAAAGUGCAUCUGGUGUCCCGACACGGUCAGCCGCCGGCGCCACAAAUGUGCGGAAACAGCCUCGCCCCUCCUUGCCUGCUCAUGAUAAUGUUGCCACCAAGCCAGUAAACAACAGCUUCCUUACACGCAUGAUGCGACCUACUGCUAGCUCGGCAAACAAGACGCACGAUAAGACUGAUAACGUUCCCCCGCCCAAAACCACGACCACCAGGGCUCUCCGAGCACCCAUUGGAAAGGCAACGGAGCGCGUUAAUGUCCAGCCAAAGGCAAAGGCCGCUCCUCUGCGACUACAGACUGAAAAGUCCCAGGUUCUUCCCAAGGAUCUAGCGCAAAAGGAUGAUGCGACCAAAAUUGCGCACAAGCGGGAGAGCGCCAAGGAAAAUACCCAGGAAUCUAUCCCAGAAACUCCGGUAGAGCCCGAAACUGAGAAGCCAAAUGAGACAAUUGUCGAGCCAGUCUUUGAGACCCCUGUCAAAUUGACCGAAGAAGUCAAGGAUGAGCCUGUCAACAUUGAGUCUGAACCCACAGCCGAGCGCACUGCAGAGCCUAAGAGCCCGGCCCAACCCGCUGCAGCGGAUCUUACACCUGCCCCUAAGGAGGUUUUAACAGAAGUCCUCCCCUUGACUGAAGAAGCUCCAAUCCGGGAUGACAGCAACGAGUCUGAACUUCUUACCAACGCCACACACGAAGUUCCAGGGGAGUCAACUGUUGUGUCUGGCGGAGAUGAGACCAAAUUGUCCGAAGUGAGCAUCGAACCCACUGAUGCUCAGACGCCGUCGGAAGUCAAGGAUGUCACAUUGAUUGACGAUGUCUUGCAGGUUCCAGAAGAACCUACUUUCGAGGAUGAAUCUUCUAGUGUUGACACUCCUGAGACUCUGGAGAACCCAGACGCCACCAAAUUCGUGCAGGAAAUUGCUUUACCUGAGAACACAGUAUCGCCAUACACUGAGACUUCGACUAUUGCUGAGCAAUCCUCAACUGAAAAGUCGACUGUUGAUGAAAUUGACAUUGUUGGUCUGACACUGAACUAA